AUUUUUAGGAGGCUAGCUAGUCAGUUCCCUGCAAUAUUAUGUGUCCUGGUCUGUGGGCCUGCCUGGUACUGGGUGUUUUUGUAUGUGUUUUCAACACUUUUCUACAAAGCACCUAAUAAAAAGACUUUCAUGUACUUGGUUUAGUGCACAAAACAGUGACUAUGAGUGAAUCUGAGCUUUAAUUCAAGUUUCCAUCUACAUUUUCUGUUUUUCUGGUUGUUAACCUGAGGGAUCCUUGAUUUGUGUUAAUAAAAUGAUUGCUAAUAAUUCCACUUGAAACUGUUUCAGCUUUAUAUAAAGAACUCACAUGCACUGGCUGAAGAUUCACUGAUGAUUUAGUUCAUUUUUUUGAAAGGGAAUCGAGCAGACAAAGUCAAAACAGAAGAACUUAAAGAAAGUUCAGCUUAUCAGAUUGCAUCCAAAUGCAGACAAAAUACACAACAGAAGAAUGUAAAGGUAAUUUCAUGAAGUAAAAAGUCACGUGGGGCUGUGAAGAGUAGAGGGGAGCGACCGGAAAAGAUAGCAGUAGUAAACAGCAAACAGAAACCAGGACAGAAUUAUUGGAAAGAAGAGAAGAAACUUGAUACAAACUCUAAGGAGGAAUACUUUUUUCUCUCUCUCACUCUCUUCUACUUUCACACAUAAAUUCCCCCAUAGCACAAAAAAAAGUUUGCAUUAAAACUUUGACUUCAUUUUGUGAUCUAACUAUAUUUAAGUAAUUUGUACCUUUUUAACACGGAAGUUUGUUUCUCCUUAGUCAAACAAACUGUGGCAGGAUUUUCCCUCAGGUGUGAGGAUGCGUCACAGCUGGUUAGGCAGCUGGCCGUCCUCCUUCUCCUUUCCUUUCAGGGCUCCAAUCAAUAAUUUACCUUGCCCGGCCGUAUUGAUGUCAGCUACUCCCUUACCUCUUCCCAGCACUCGCUCACUUGCUCUUUCCAUAAAAACUGCUGAUGACAUAAGGGUAUAAGAGCUCAUUAACGAAUGACUGAAAAAAAGGAGAGGGAACUGUCAGAUAGGUGUUAUUGGUCUUUGGGUAAACAGCAGAAGCAGUGGGACCGCAGUGAAGGUGACUUUCACCGCCUUAAGACGCUGAUACACACGGGUCAGAGAGAGAGGCCUGAGUAAACUUCUUCAGAAGUCUGCAUGGGAAUACAGACUUUUUACAGAAGUUUAGUUUUUCUCUGACCAGCUUUUUCUUAUUUUAUCGUUAAACCUGAAAUCGAUCAAUAUGUCUGGAGUCAGUAGUGAUCAGCUGCACAAAUCAACUUUAUCUGUCUAUUCGAACUUGAUGGAGCACUUCAACCCGGGCCUUCAGAAGCUCGUUGCUCUUGGAAACAGCUACAUCAAGGCCUUUCAAGCCUUAGGCGUUUGCAGUGAGGCCUAUUUCAGCGCUGUGGCUAAGAUGGGCGACCAGGCACUUCACACACUUUCAUCUCGCUCCCUUGGGGACGUCCUGAUCCAGAUUUCAGAAACACAGAGGAGGCUCACUGCAGAGAUGGAGGGAGUGUUUCGAUGGUUCCAGAUAGAAGUGUUGCAAGCAAUGGAGAAGAAUAUCAAGUUGGACGAGGAGUAUAUCGAUGGCAGUCGCAGAGUGUACGAGCUGGAAGUAAGAAACCAAGCAGAGGCUUUGGAGAAGCAGCUCAGACGGGGAACCUACAGAGACUCUCUGGAGAACAGUGAAUACAUGCUGUACCUGCGGCAGAGCCAUCAGGAGAUCUUAAAGGAGGAGGAGAGGAGGUAUCGCUUCUUGGCAGAGAAACACUGUGGCCUCACUCAGUCACUGCUGUUCCUAAUUAACAAGACUGGUGCAUCUCUCCAGCAGAAGGCAGACGGAUGGAAGGAGAAAGUGAACGACACCAAAGUCUCCAGAUCUCGAACACCUACCCAUUCGGACCAAGAGGCACAGCUGCGAGGUUCAGUGAGCUCCCUCCUGCAGACAGUAGCCAGAGAUGAGGAUAUGUCCUGGGCCAGGCGGGAGCAGCAGGCACUGGGCAGAGUCCCUUCUAGAGCACCGUCUCCCCUCCCCAGCCGCUCUCGCUCCAGUUCAGUGGGGGAAUCUUUAGGCCUGGGAGGAGGGAGAGUCAUGAGAGCGCUGGUCUCUCAUCCCUCCUCAUCCAACCCAAAGCUCCUGCCUUUCAACAGGGGUGAAACUGUCAUCGUCCUGGUCCAGGAGCCACGCAACGGGUGGCUGUAUGGGCGCACUGACAGCAGCCUGCGUCAGGGCUGGUUCCCUGCUGCAUACGUUGCCCCUAUUGAGGAUUUCUCCAAUAAUUUAGCAACAAGUGGCAGUUCUCUAAGAAGUCACAGUAUGAACAAUCUGAAUGACAGUGACACGUACGCCGACCAGUCAGAGAGCAAGAGUUACGGAGACGUCCCACCCCCGGCCACACCCAAUCGUAGAGCCUCAGUGGACUUCAGGCCUAUCUCUCCACUCCCUGAGAAGAAGGGAGAAGAGGCGUUGGAGACGAAGCCGAGUCAAACAAGGAGCUACAAUGAACAUCCACUUCCUCCCCCACCGCCUCCCCCUCCACCAAUUCAGAAUGCAAGGAGGAGUUCAGGAGAUUUUCGGCCCACCUCUCCCCUAACUGACAGAAAGGGUGGAGCAGCAUCUGACGUCCAGGCAUUAUCACCACAUGGACCCCAUGAAAACCCACUGUUUCCCAGAGGCACAAACCCAUUCGCCACGGUAAAGCUUCGUCCCACGACGACCAAUGACAGAUCUGCUCCUCAGAUCCAUUAAUCCAUUGGCAGUCGUGCAUGCAGGGUUUGUUACUGAUGCUGUGAGAUCAGGAUGUGGAGGCAGGACGUACAUUUUUGGUAGUGAAUGACGUGACGUGUCUGAAAUGUGAAUGCUCUGAGUGAAAUGGCCAGAAGGUUUGUACAGUUUUAACAUAAGGUAUAUCCCAUACCAAAGAAGAUACUGUAAUACACAUAGAUUAAAUAUCAAAACCAUUAAGUUGAUCAUAGAAUUAAUUCAGACAGGGCACAAAGACAAGCUGAGCUGAGCAGUCUCAGCCCACAUUAGCUCAUAGACAUCCCUUUAAUAAUUUCAUAUAAGGAACACUGAUUAACCUUUGAGUGACUAAUUUUUAGUUGUAAAAACUUCCUACUAUGAACUUACCUACAGUUAUGGUAAAUUGUAAGGUUUUAUAUAUCAGGACAGGGUAAAACUAAUCUGGUCCUUACCAGGGUUUAAAACUAGCUAAAUACAGCCUAGUUGAACUACAAAACAUGACAUAUUACACUGUGUCAUAAUUUGUUUAACAAAAAUUAAGCAGAACUACAGAACGAUGUGAAAAACUAAGCACAGCGGUACUUUAAUUAAGAGAGUAUGUAGCAGCUAGUCGCUGCUGGUCAGAUUGACUUGAUUAACUAAUCAUCAGCUGGUGUUACCACCACUAUAUAAGCAGAACACAAUGCCACAAACCUCUUGGGAGGGAAUGCCCCAGGAAAUUCACCCCAAAGUCAGACUGUGCAGAGCUCAGACAAUUACAAAAAAGCACAGAGCUACAUCUACAAGCCAGUUCUUCACAGUACAAUUAGAAAAAGACUGGACAGAUAUGGCUUAUAGAGAAGGGUUACCAGAAGAAAGCCUCUUCUCUCUAAAAAUAAAAUAUUGCAGCACAGCUUAGAUAUGCAAAGUUGCAUCUGCACAAAACUCAAGACUUUGGGAACAAUGAGUGGAGGUUGUUGACCAUAAUGCACAGCAGCAGGUUUGGAGAAAACCAAACACAGCAUAUCAACACAAACCCCUCCUACCAAUGGGACAGUGGUGGAGGAGUGAUGAUUUGGGCUUGUUUCGCAGCCACAGGACCUGGAAACCUUACAGUCAACCUUGAACUCCUCAGUCAAAGCACAGACCUCAACCUAAAAUUCUGCGAUCGGACCUUCAGAGAACUGUGCAUAAAUUAAAGCUCACAAAUCUCAAUAAACUCAGGCAACGUUACAAAGAAGAGUGGAUCAAAGUUCCUCUACAACAAUGUUGGCUGAUAAAACCUACAAAGGACCAGAUAAGUUUUGCUGCAGACUUGCAAGCCACUUUGCAACCCGCCUCCACCCCAUCGCCUUCUUUCUGUCUGUAUCUGUCUUAACCAUCUCUUGUUAUUAAUGUUCACUCUGUUCUGUACCAGGAUCCUGUUGCUCCAUAGUGAUGGACGCCAAAUAUAAAUUGCUACAAUGUCCAAAUCAGCCAUCCUCCCCUGACUGAACUAAACUAAAAUGGUUAUUUUAACAAAACUUUGUACAGCAAUUUGAGUUUGUAUGUUAAUAUUUGUUUGAGUCUAUUGGUAAAAAUAUUCAGAGAAUAUUUAAACAUUUUUGGAAGUAUGCUUGUUGCCAGAAAUUUGAAGAAAACACUGAUGCUACGCUGUUUUCUACAGCUACAGCAGCUGUUUGUUUAGCAUCUCACUGAUGUAUCAGCACCACAUUUUCAGUCUCUUUACUGUGAAAUCUGGCUGUUGGCAAAAUAUUUAUAUGCGUGUGUGAGCAAGCAACCUGAGAAAGAAGGCAUGUUUCCCAAAAUGUUAAGCUUAAGCUCUCUCCACUAUCCCAGUGAUUGACAUGUUUUGCGAUGUUCAGUGUGUUGCAUUUGUGUGAGUUCAAUGUUGUGUGUUCACUGCGAGUAACAAUAAGUAAAGAGACACUUCACGUCAA